CGAGGCCGACAUGAAUCACUAGCAGACCUUGCGACCAAUGCCAUGGUCAAGGAGAAGAAGCCGAAGAAGUUGUUGGAACGCGUCACGCUGCUGGGCUCCGGCACGGAGCUGCGGCUGGAAGUUCCGGUGGGCACCUCAGUGUCGGCGGCCCGAGAUGCAGUGCAGCAGAGCUGGGGCUGGCCCGGCGCACGCCUGCUCUUCUUCGGCUCGGACGCCGCGCUGCUCUGGGACGAGGGCCUGGCCUUGGGCCAGGGCAGCGUGGUGGUGGGCCGCGCCCCGUGGCCCGUGACCGCGGUGCUGCGCCCCGCGGCCUCCCAACCCGUGAACCACAAGGUUCCCGUGCUGAUCCCAGCCGGCUCCCUGGCUACCGCCUGCACGGCGCGCCGCAGCGUGGCCCGUGUGGCCGGGCUCGCUCCAGAGCUACUGGAGCAAAGCCGCCCAGUGCAGGCUGGCGAGACGGAGCGUUUGGAGGACGAUGCCAACUUGGAGGAGUUGGGCUUGAAGGUGAUGAUCUGCAACCUGCGCCCUGCAGCGCACCGCAUGCUGCAGGAGCUGCGGCGGAUCCGUGUUCUUUGGACCUGCGGCAAGCAGGGCAAACGCCCACCUCCCGAGGAGGUGUGGCGUUUGCCCAUCACCGACGCUCCGGAAGGCGCGGAGGCGGCGGUGGCGGCCUGCCGCGACGUCAUGGCUGGGGUGGUGGCGGAGGCCAAAGACCUGGCCUUCCACCCGGAGGAUGCCUACCGCUGGCGCGUGCAGCUCAAAAGACCCGUGCCAUCGACAGAGGCUCCGCUGGAGGUGAUGGUCACCUUCCCAGCGGAUUAUCCUGUAGCGCCACCUGAACUGGAGGGCUGCGAGGCGCGCCUCUCCGCGCUGGAGAACUGGACUCCCGCCAACACGAUCUUUUGCGUGCUGGGCGAGCUGGCGGAUUACCUGAUGCUCCACAAACCCGAGGCCAAGCCGUCGCCACCCUUCAUUCCGCCGCUGCCACUCUGAGAGAUCGAUCCUUCCGGAAAGUCUCCGAGCGUCAGAGGGCUGCCUUUGGUUGCC